AUGGCCUCGCAGAAUCCACCUGUCCCAGAAAAGCUUCUGCCAGCUGUGUAUCGGUAUAUCACAACGCAUGACGCCGAUGGCAAGCCCACAUUUGAGACGGGCGUGAAGGAAGAAAUUGACUUUGACCGCACGCCGAUGGGUGGUGACCUAUUCCUCGUGUACAGCGGCAUUAAAUAUCCGGUUCCCCUCGCCAACGAUUCCGAUCUCAACACGUACAAAGAACAUUGCGUCAAGAAGCCCGAGUCUUUUAUGAUCCCAGGCGGGUUCUUGUCGCGCUAUAUUGACUACCACCCUAGUGCUCCACCAUUGUGGCACCGAACUACUACCCUCGAUUUCGCUGUUGUUAUUGAGGGUCAAGUCCAGCUUGAACUUGAAAGUGGCGAGAAAAGGAUUCUAAAGAAAGGAGAUGUUGCCGUCCAGCGGGGUACUAUGCAUGCCUGGAGUAACCCUAGCAGCUCGGAAUUUGCGCGUGUUUUCUACGUUGCGCUUGAUGCCAAUGCCCCUGUAGUUAAUGGACAGGAGCUGGGCGAAUCUUUGGGGGUUGUCUCUCACAAGUAG